CCCCAGCAUCAGCCAGGAGAUGUCUAUCAGUAGCCUUUUAUUUUUCUCAGCUUCAGCCUUUAUUUUUCUCAGCUGAAUGUGGAGACAUUCAGCCUGGCUAACAUAGACUGUCCUUAGGGUUGUUUUGUGUUCCUCAAAGUUCCAUUGAGGAGAGCCAGUUAAAGAUUUGGACUUUUCUGUUACCCAUACUGGCCAAAUGGAGGAGAAGGCCAGGACUUGUCUUGCCUAGAACUGAAAUCUAAAGGCAGCGUGGUAUGUUCUUAAUAAAGCAGUGAUUAUAUGAAUCACAGUAGCAAAAUGUUCUUGCAGAGCUCAUGCCCCACUCCCUGACUGCAGUGUCUGAGGGCAGCUGUCCAUCAUUCCAGGGAAGGGAUUUGCCUUGGACAGGGGUUAGUUAGUGUGUAGCCCCCUGUGUUACAGAGGAGUAGCUACAAUUCCACAGUUUCUUUUAAUGAAGUUACUUGUGGCUGUUUAUUGGACGAAAAUAAAUUCCAACUGGCCCAUAUAACAAAUGAAACUCAACUACAAAAAUGUAAUGAUAUUUAUUCACCCAGCUGCCAGCAAACUCACAUGCACUAUGAGUCAUUCCAGAUGUGGAUAAAAACAAAGUCUGUCUGUGAAAGUAAGUUUCCUGAUCCCGAGGAGACUUGGUUUGGGAGAGGAGCUCUGCGCUGACUUCAGCUCUACUCAGAAGAACAGGCAGGUUCUUCUGCAAAGGGGGAGGGGGAGAGGAAAAGCCAUUAUUUAUUCCUGAAAAGAAAGGAGCUGGGAAAAUAAAAAAAGCUACUGUACAGCUAGGCAUACGUAUUUUAAAGAGAAGGAUGCUUUGGAAGACUCUGGUGCUGCUGCUGUUCUAUUACAGUGCUGAUGCCACUGUGACCCACAGAUGGAGCAGAGCUGUGCUUUUCCCAGCUGCUCAGCGAUUCAAGAGGUCCUCAGCUGCCUUCCUGAACCCAGUGUUACAAAACUCGCUGGAAGAUGUGGUCCUGCUUUAUGAGUUUCUUUUAGCUGAGCUUGACAUCGACAAAGGUCAGAGGAUCUCCAUCAAAGACGAGGAGCUGGCUUCCCUGAGGAAGGCUGCUGAGUUUGACACCAUCUGCAACGAGAUUAUCCCCAAGAGCAUCACAGAGAUCCGCAGGCUGAGCAGCAGGCUGUCAUCCUACCCGAGGGUCCUCAAGAAGGAAGACUUUGAAAGGACAGUGCUGACCAUGGUCUACACGGCCUACAGAGCUGCUCAGUCCCAGGGGCACCAGAAAGACACUUGGGCUGAGUCCUUUGUCAAUCUCUACAAAGCCCUGAAGAACGACUUGAUGCUCCCAUACAACAAACAGCCCUCUUAGUGGAAGGGGAGCAACAGAUCAGCCAGCUGCUGUGGUUGGUGAAGGACACCUUGUAGCACGCCCACCACUUUAUUCUGUAAAGAGUUUAAUAGUCUGCUUCGUGAAAGAUUGUUCGUUUUCUGGCUCCCUCUUGUGGAGCCUGCUUUCUAGUUCCAUGCUAAAUGGUGAAAAACCUCUUCAGUCCUGAGAAUUCGGUUUUUGUGCUGGCUUGGAGGCACAUUCUUUGACAGGAAAAGAAGGCAGUUUGGUGCACAGCUAGACAGUCCCUUUCAGUUUCAGGCAAACCCUUGAUUCAUCCUUUGGGUUUCCUAUAAGCAAUACAUAAAUGUACUGUUCUUAUGCUCACAUGCUGGUGUGUAAGUGCUGGAGAGGGCUGCUUUCCUAGCUGAGGAAACAAAUUCAUGCUUUGGCUGGCCAGUAAGAGAAUAUUACACAGAGAUGAAGGCCCACUGUAAAAGGAAGAGGUUUCAUAACUGUCAGCCUUCAGAAAUUAUGCCACAUAUUAUCCAUUCCAAAUGUUCUCAUAAAUAAGCACCCUAUGAUUCACUUCAUUUGGCUGAGCCAGUGUUUAAUUCCAAUAACAUUUUCAGAAGACAAAGGGCAUUGUGAAGACCAGCAGCAAACAAUGCCUGUGAACGUAUUCCCCCCUUCCUGGAGCUGUCCUCCCAAACAGUCUGCAGUGAUUCUUUCAUUAUUUGCACAUGACUUUGCUUCUGCUGCUUGUUUUUGUCCUCAGUGGAAUCCAAGGCAAGACAAAAGCCCCAUUUAAUUUAAUCAUGACACAUUUCUCCUGGUUCUGUCGCUUGAACGUAGGUCAUCUAAACCUAUGCUCUACAAUCCCACUGAGGCAAAAGAGGAAGGUGCAUUAAAACUUACCUGGUGCUGAAUUUGGCACUGUGGCUCUUUUUUUUUUAGUAGUAAAUUGUAUAUUCAUUUCAGUAUCCUUGUGUUUGUGUGUGUGUGUCUAUGUUCAUACAUGUGUGUGCACAUGAGUGCUGAGUACGUAGAAGAAUCCCAAAUUGUUCAGUCAGUGAACAAUUGCAUCUGACCACUUGGCAGAAAAGGCUAUUUACCAAUUCAGUGGUGCAAAUUAUGAAUUUGGGACUAGCAAAGGAAAAACUGUAGAAAUACUGCAACCAAUUAUAGUGAACUCCCAAAAAAGUAAUGAACGGAAAAUAGACACAAAAUGGAGAUCUGUUUUGUCAGAAGGAUGACUAGCUAUCAAAAAUCCAGACUCUUCUAAAUCAAACGCCCAAUGUUUGUGCACAGGAGAUACAAACUCUGUUUUUCUAUUGAUAUUAGAGGUGCUUCUGCUUCUAGACCAUGGGAAAAUAGCUGAACAUGUAUUUCAUCCUUUCAUAUCAUCAUUCUCUAUUUUUUUAUUGCAUAAUAUAUUAAGGAUGCAGGUCCAAAUCACAAAUCCCCAAGACUAAAACUGACCUAAGGAUUUCAGCCCAAGUUCUGAAUCAUGUUUAACUGUUUUUGCAUCACUUGAGCAAAAGGAAUUAAUUCUUCUGUGUCCCUUAACAGGGGUACUUCAAGGAUUGGAGCUGAAAAAAUCCGCCCAGAAGCACAGCAAAGAGCACAGUGCAAGCAGUCAGAGCAGUGGGCUUGGCAAACACCUGUGGGAAUGUGGAAGCACAGCAGCCUUGGGGCAGUCUGCCCAUGGCAUUAGCAGCUGGACAAAGGGCUUAUAAAAGACAGACUCAGUUUUGUUUCCCCCAGGAGUUUCUGGAUUUGUGCGUACGAGCAUGCACGUUCAUUUAGACACACAAAUGUGUAAGUGCAUUUUAUACCUGAAGAAUUUUGUUGGCCAUCUUCAAAGCCUGUCUGGCAGAUGGCAAAGGAAACUGCAAAGUUCAGGCACAGAGCUGUGGGCCGCAAAUAUCUCUGUCUCCUCUGCUUGCACACACAGAGCUCAGCACCCCCAAAGCAGCCUUGCUUUCCUGCCCACAUGCCCUUUGAUCCCUCAGCUUUAACACUCAUGAUCUGCUUGUGAUUCCUUCCCCCCAUGCUUUAUAAACACAUGAAGGGGAAAUGCCACAGAGUGCAACACUGCCUUUCCAGCUCUGCUUCUUGGCUCCCUGAAACACCACUUGCUGGAGGGGCCUGGAACGAGGGCAAUUAAUAAAUGCCUCAUAGCCAGCUGCUCCAAGUCUGCAAAAAUCACAAGAAAGAGAACUAGAGCAAAUAUUAAUUGCUGUCUCAAUAAUCAGAGAAAUACCUCCCAGCCAUGCUCCUUGCCCCACAACAGGACUGCCCAUCAGAGUUUACUAAUAAUAAAAUAUCCCAUAAAAAGAAUUACAGAUAAUUUUUAAUAUCUUAUCAUUCCCUAUGGCAUACAUACCUUGUCAUACUUACAAAUUGGUAACUGAAACAUUUAUCUCCUCAACAGAAAAUAGAGGUUUUAUGAAUUUGUUUCCCUCCUUCUUUUACUGUGUCUAAUGUAAGAAAAAGAUUUAUUCCUUGGGAAAGUGCUUGGACUGCCCAGGUUAAUUUAACAGAGACUCUCAAUGUAAUAAUAAAAACAUUCUACAUAAAAGUCCUUGCCUUUGCAUUGUAUUGAUUUCAGCAGUAGAUUUACUAUUUUACAACUUCAGCUUGAGUAAUUGCUUACCUC